AUGGACACCCCUCCCCGACUUGCUUUCUACGCGUCGUGGGACGCGUCGGGUGCUGGUGACACAAAGGAACUGAUACUGGUGUACUACACCGGCGACAGCACAGUAGAACUCAAAAGAAGCAGCAGCAGCAGCAGCAGCAGCAGCACGAACUUGAAACGGGUUUUGGUUCCCAACGCCACGAUUCAGAAAUUGUAUCAAGGGGCGCAGCUUGUUCUUCUUUCCCGACAUUUAAGAAUCCUCGAGCCAGCCAACCACCAGACUGCUGCUUACCUCGCACUGUGCAUGCAGCCUGCCCUCUGUAUCUGGCGCGCAACUGACACCCACGUUUACCCUCGAGCUCUUCAGGGCCUGCUUGACUCUGGGCUCACGCUGGCCAGCUGCAGAGAGCUGGCCUUAGAGGCUUCUUUGGCUGAUCUGCUGGCCCUCCAUUCGCCGAAUACAUGCAUGCAGGGGGACCUUUCUGUCUUAUCUUCCUCUGCCAUUGUGGCUUUCACUUUACUUGGAAGAGACGCAGCAAAUAAGGUUGCCACUCUCGCCCCUCAGUCGCUACACCCAAGUGCGGACACCCCCGCUGCUGCCAUCGAGGAUUUGGCUGCAGAGCUCUGUGAGAGGGUUACGCCCCGCGCACGGGCCCCUGCAGGGGCCCCUGCUGCGACCCUUGCGGGGGCCCCUGCUGCGACCCUUGCGGGGGCCCCUGUCGGGGCGCCUGGUGGAGCCUUUGCUGGGACCCUUGCAGGGGCCCCUGCUGGGGCCCCUGUUGGGGCCCCUGCUGGGGCCCCUGAAGCCCCUUUUGGGGUGGGGGCCCUUGGGGCCACUGCAGUGCCUGAGGUCACUUGCUGCGUCGUGAAGCCCCAUGCCAUACAGCAAACUGGCGCCAUACUUGAAGAAAUAAUAAAUGCGAAUUUUGCAAUUUCCAACAUGCAGUCAUUUCGCCUGACCAAUUUAGCAGCCCAAGAGUUCCUCGAGAUCUACAGAACAGUGCUGAAGGAAUACCCACAGAUUGUUGAGGAAAUGACAAACGGAACUGUCGUGGCGCUGCAGCUCGAAGGACCUGACGCAGUGGCCAGGCUCAGACGCUUAGCGGGGCCCCACGACCCCGAAAUCUGCCGCUACCUGCACCCCUCCACCCUGCGAGCCAAACUGGGCACCGACGUCCCCCGCAAUGGCCUCCACUGUACAGACCUGAAGGAAGAUGGGGCCCUCGAGUGCAGUUACUUCUUCGAAUUGAUGGCAGCGGGGGCCCCCCAGGCCGAGGCGUGA